AUGCUUAGAGUCAAGGGCAAUGGUGACAUCAUUGAAGACCUCAUCAUCAAGGUUGCGAGUGGAGGAAGAAGAGGAGAAAGAGAUCUUAACACCGAAGAGAGACCAGACUCAGAGGAACCAGAGACGUCUGAACCAGCGAGACGACACCACUGUUCCCAGUGUGGGAAGAGUUAUACCCGAGUAUGGAAUCUGAGAAAGCAUGAGAUGACACACACGGGGGAGAAGCUUUUCCAAUGCUCCCAGUGUGAAAAUAGAUUUUCCCUAUCAAGGAACCUGAAAUCGCAUGAGAGAACACACACAGGGGAAAAGCCUUAUCACUGCUCUCAGUGUGGAAAGAGUUUUACACGGUUAGGGAGCCUAAAAAUACAUGAGAGAAUACACACAGGAGACAAGCCUUACCAAUGCUUCCAGUGUGGAAAGAGAUUUAUCCAGUCAACACAUCUGCAUGAGCAUAAGAGAAUACACACAGGAGAAAAACCAUUCCAAUGUUSUCAGUGUGGAAAGACAUUUUCACGAUCAGGGGACCUGAAAUCUCAUGAGAGAACACACACAGGGGAGAAGCCUUAUCACUGCUCCCAUUGUAAAAGUAGUUUUAGCUGGUUAGGGCAACUGAACGAGCAUGAGAGAACACACACAGGGGUGAAGCCUUACCACUGCUCCCAGUGUGGAAAGAGUUUUACACGGUUGGGGUCCCUUAAAUCACAUAAGAUAUACACACACACAGGAGAUAAGCCCUAUCAUUGCUCCCAGUGUAAAAAUACGUAUUCAUCAUUAGGGGACAUGAAAAAGCAUGAGAGAAUACACUCUGUAGAGAGGCCUUUCCACUGCUCUCAGUGUGGAAAGGCAUUUAUCCAGUCAUGGCAUCUGGAAGCGCAUAAAAUAAUACACGCAAGAGAGAAGCCAUUCCAAUGCUUGCAGUGUGAAAAGAGUUAUACCCGGUUAGGGAACUUGAAAACACAUGAGAUGACACACACAGGAGAGAAGCCAUUCCAAUGCCGUCAGUGUGGAAGGCGUUUUACCAGAUUAGGGAACCUGAAAACACAUGAGGUGACACAUAAAGGACGGUAGCMUCACCUCUGCUCCCAGUGUGAAAAGGGUUUUGUUCAGUUAAGGGGCUUGGAAGAGCAUGAAAAAAUACAUACACAGGAGAAGACAUACCACUGCUCUCAUUGUGGAAAGACAUUUCCAGAGGACCUGAAAUCACGAAAGAAAAUUGCAAAAUGUAGAUUUCCGCCUAAAUAGACAUACCCAAAAGUAACUGCUAUUCAUGUGUAAUUACAUGAUUCUGACAUGCCAAAACUUGGUAUAUUUGGAAAGAAGACAUCUGGGUGAUUAUGAAGAAAUUAUU